ACUGCCUUUUCUCGGGCCGAUCAUUCCCCUUAGCCUCGUUACCGAUUGAGAUUUAACAGCGCCUUUGGAUCUUAACGAGCCUUCGCACGACCUCCGCUUCGAGAGCUCGCGCGUGAGCCGCAUCUGAGUGACUACCGGUUCCGUUUAUAUCCCAGUUUCUUGAAUUUUUAAUGGAAAAUGGCGAUGUUUCCUCAGUCCGCCAGUGUGUUCUGCCUCCUCGCCGUCCAAACUGUGCUGCUCCUCAGUGUGUCUUCACCGGGAACGGCGACGCUCCGGUUUCCUCAGCACUACACGAUGAUUCACUGGGCAGGUCGUAUAGAGAAAGAGUUGGAGAAGGUGCUUCAACUAGUCACUGGAGCUCAACAAAUAAAAGGAAUUUAUAGCGAGAAGAGAAGUCAGUUUGAUGUGGAGCGAAACACGCCCAAGCAGCUGGUGGAGAAAGUGGCAGGGGACAUCGCCAAACUGCUCAACAGGAAACGCAAAGCUCUUGAGAGGUUGGCUAGAGAGGCUGAAGACAUCCAGAGAGAACAUUCAUGGCAAGAUGGCAUCAAAGAAACCGACAUCCAGUAUUACGACUCCAAAGCUGAAUCAGAUUACUCGGAUGGUGAUGAUGGGGAAAACCUUAUGGAAAACCCAAACUCUCUCUCUUUGGAGUUUGUGGAUGACCCUAACUUUAAGAAUAAAGUCAACUAUUCAUAUACUGCUGUACAGAUUCCUACAGACAUUUACAAAGGCUCUCCCACUAUUCUGAAUGAGUUGAACUGGACUCAGGCUCUAGAGCGGGUCUACAUUGAGAACAGUCGAGAAGAUCCAUCACUACGCUGGCAGGUGUUUGGCAGUGCCACUGGUGUCACCAGAUAUUACCCAGCCACUCCGUGGAGAGCACCCAACAAGAUUGAUCUGUAUGAUGUGAGGAGACGCCCGUGGUAUAUUCAGGGUGCUUCGUCUCCAAAAGACAUGGUCAUCAUUGUGGAUGUGAGUGGCAGUGUGAGCGGACUGACCCUGAAACUCAUGAAAACCUCUGUCAAUGAAAUGCUAGACACGCUUUCUGAUGAUGACUACGUAAAUGUGGCCCGGUUUAAUGAGAAAGCGUAUGCUGUGGUGCCGUGUUUUACGACGCUGGUUCAAGCCAACAUAAAGAAUAAGAAAAUCUUCAAAGGGGCAGUGAAAAACAUGGAGGCCAAAGGGACAACAGACUACAAGACCGGCUUUCAGUUUGCUUUUGACCAGCUGUUGAAUGAGACCAGCGCUCCGAGGGCGAACUGUAAUAAGAUGAUAAUGAUGUUCACUGACGGCGGUGAAGAUCGUGCUCAAGACAUCUUUGAGAAGUACAACUGGCCAAACAAAACAGUGAGAGUUUUUACAUUCUCAGUUGGGCAGCACAACUAUGAUGUGACUCCGUUGCAGUGGAUCGCCUGUGCCAACAAAGGUUAUUACUUUGAGAUCCCUUCCAUCGGGGCCAUCAGAAUUAACACGCAGGAAUACUUGGAUGUUUUGAGUCGGCCGAUGGUGUUGGCAGGCGAACGGGCGAAACAGGUGCAGUGGACCAACGUUUACCAGGACGCUCUGGGUUUAGGUCUCGUCAUUACCGGAACAAUGCCAGUCUUCAAUCUCACAGCUGAUGGGGACUCGAAAAAUCAGCUGAUUCUUGGUGUCAUGGGUGUAGACAUUGCCCUCAGUGAAAUUAAAGAACUCACACCGCGGUAUAAGCUUGGAGCCAAUGGUUACACAUUUGCCAUAGAUCCCAAUGGCUAUGUUCUCCUUCAUCCAAACCUACAACCUAAGAUCAUUAACUUCAGAGAACCGGUCACGCUGGACUUCUUGGAUGCUGAACUCCCAGACCGAAACAAAGAAGAUAUUCGGCGUCAAAUGAUUGACGGCAGAGCAGGACAGAGGAAGAUCAAGACACUAGUGAAAUCUGUCGAUGAGCGUUACAUUGAUGAGGCCACGAGGACGUAUAUAUGGUCUCCAGUGGAGGGCACAGAUUACAGUCUUGGUUUAGUUCUGCCAACCUACAGUGAGAAUCACAUCAGGGCCAACCUGAGCGACCAGAUACUCCAAGUCCAGUAUUUUGAGUCUCUCCUGCCAAACACUUUUGAAUCAGAGGGACAUGUGUUCAUUGCCCCCAGGGAAUACUGCAAAGACCUGGAGCUGUCCAACAACAACACAGAGUUCCUGCUCAACUUCAUAGCUCUGAUGGAGAAGGUCACACCUGACUCCAAACAAUGUGACAAUUUCCUGCUGCAUAAUCUCAUCUUGGACACGGGCAUCAUAAGGCAACUGGUUGAUAAAGUCUGGAAGACCAAAGAUCUCAACACGUAUGGCUUUCUGGCUGUCUUUGCGGCUACAGAUGGAGGUGUCACUCGAGUGUUCCCAAAUAAGGCUGCUGAGACAUGGGAGGAAGAUCCAGAACCAUUUAACGCCAGUUAUUACCGUCGCAGUCUGGACAACAAGGGAUAUAUCUUCAGAGCACCUUAUCGCACUGCUAAUGAUGAAAUACUGAACCCAGAGAACGACACUAUCGGCAUACUGGUUAGCACAGCGGUGGAUAUAACCAUUGGAUCCAGAAACCUCAAACCUGCAGUUUUGGGUGUAAAGCUUGAUCUAGAAGCUUGGACUGACAAAUUCAAGAUACUGGCGAGCAACCACACUGAAAGCAACCGACAGAGCUCUCAAACGUGUGGACCAACCAGUGGCUGUGAGAUGGACUGUGAAGCCAACAGUGAUGACUUGCUCUGCUAUCUGAUAGAUGAUGGAGGUUUCCUCAUCAUGUCCAAUCAGAAAGACCACUGGAAUAAGAUUGGUAUGUUCUUCAGUGAGGUUGACCCCACCCUCUUUUACGCCCUCUACAACAACUCCCUCUACAAGCGUAAACAGUCUUAUGACUUCCAGUCAGUGUGUGACCCUGUUCCGAGCAGCAACACUGGGGCCGCACCACGUGGAGUGUUUGUGCCUACAAUUGCUGAUGUAUUAAAUGUUGCAUGGUGGACGUCAGCAGCUGCCUGGUCAGUGCUUCACCAAAUGCUAUAUGGAUUUGCCUAUCAUAGUUGGUUCAUGACAGAUGAAGUAUAUGCUGAGGGAUUGGACUCCAAAGAGACGAGCUGUGUGAUGGUACAGACACAGUUCUACUUCAGUAACAUCAGCAGCUCCUACAACAUACUUCAGGACUGUGACAACUGCUCUAGAUUAAUUCAUGCCAAGAGAAUAAACAACACCAACCUGUUGUUUGUUGUGGCUGAAAGACUCUCCUGUAACUCCUGUGAAAUGGAGAAACUCUCUCAGGUGGAAACAGAAUACAAAGAAACAAAUACAUGUGAGACAAUAGCCACAGCCCGGUAUAGAAAAGGACCCACAACCUGUUUUGAUUACAAUGUUUUAGAGAACACGUCAGAUUGUGGGCGGGGUCACUCGUUCCGCCCCUCCAUCCUCACUUUACUCCUACUACAGCUCCUCCUACUUUCUGUUUUGGUCCGCCCCUCUGUUUAACUCCAUCCUCCUCUCCUUCUCUCCUUCCUUCUUGUCUCCUUAAUUCCACAUUUCUCCUUUAUCUCCCCGUUGCUCUAGUCAUAGGUAAUAUAAAGUGACUUCCUUCUGCCUUUAUAUGGAAGCCCAAGCUGUACUGCUUCAUCCACUUAGCUUCACAGGUUGUUGCUUAGUGACCGUUGCAGAACUUUGAUGUCUCCUGCCAAUCAAGAGCAUUUGUGGGAGGAGCUAAAUGUGUCUUUACGAAACAGGAAGCUAAACAUGCAAGCAGCCGGCUAGGACCAACAUACAGAAAAGAGACGUGUUGGAAAACGAUACAGACUGUUCCCUCACAAAACGGGGUCAAGUUUCGCUUAAUUUCCGCCUCUGAAGGUCAAAUGUCAAAGGUCAUCCUCAUCUUCAUCCUUUAUGGUAACCUGUUUCACACAGUUACCGGGCUACAGAACAUUCUGAAGCCGUCUAGCUUGCAUUAAUAGGAAAAUAACAGCUAAAUAAGAGCAGAACUUUACGUGAUCAUCAAAAAAUAUUAGUAACAAUGCGAGUAUUAAAAACAUACCUCCAGAUAUUAAGAUAUUUAAUGAGAAAGGAAAGAGUAUAUAUGUUAUUUAUUCAAUUAUCUUUUUUUAUUUAUGCACUAUAUCUACUUCUCGCCGAAAUUACACUUGUGUGUGGUCUAAUUUUUCUAGCCAAAUUAGGAGGUAGGAAAAACAAAACAAAAAAUGGCUCACAUUUGUGAAUGAGAUAAAAGCGGUAUUAUAACUCAAAACCAUUCUUUCAUCACUCAUAAAGGGCUUCAUAUAUUUAUUAUUUUAUUUUAUUUUACUCCCCAGAUCAAAAUAGGUUAGAAUUUUUCACCAGCUCAUGAUUUUUUUUGUUUUGUUUUUUGUCUUGUGAACAGCUUAUCACAAGGUAUACUAUAUUAAUGCCUCAGUAAUAUAAUAUCUGCAGCUAACAUGUAAAGUGUUCAUUUCUAAUCAAUCAAGAAGGCAUAUGGUCAUUAGAGGGAUAUCGAUGGAUUGAAAUGAUAUGUGACAAUAUCAGUUUGCAAAUGCUAAUUCUAUUCUACACGCACAAUUUUCCAUAAUCUCAGAAUGUCUAUUGUGCAUUGCAUUCAAAUGAGCACUUCACAACACAUGCUGAUUGUUUGCACUAAUGUAUUUGUCAGUGAACAGUAAUGCGAUGAAACCAUCAUUCUAGUUAAUGUGAUCACUACUGUAGAGCAGGAUAGUUUUAUUUUUUAUAUACAUAAGGCCCAAAACAUAUUUUACACAAGUAUGUUAAUGCAAAUGCUUUUAGGGCUGAACGUUUAUGACAACAAAUAAUAAUUGUCAAUUAUUUCCCUUGCUAUUGUAAUUGCAAUUAAUUUAGAAUAUGUAGUACAUGUCAGACGCUGUGAUUGGUUACAAUGUUCAAUGUUCUGCAUAAAAAUACAUAAAUAGGACAUUUUGAUGCGAUUGGAGUAGGCCUAAUGAAAUGCUGCUAUUGACAGUUUUCAGAGUUAGUUAAUUGUGGCAGCUGAGAUUGUUACCGUGAUUAUUUAUUCAAUUAAUUGUGCAGACUUCUAAUACACAAGUCCGAUGUCAGCCGCCAUUGCGUUUUGAAAUUCGCCAGAACAUAAUUCAUUACGCAGCAAAAGUAUUCUUGUAUUCUCAGCGUUGAAUUAGCAUAAACCUUAUCUUCUAUGAUCAGUUUUCUCUGUCAGGUCAACUACUGUCAUGGAGGAGCAACUUUAUGAAGAGCAAGUUGGCUUAAGUUAGUUUCUAGCUAGUUAUAUGAGUAAUAGCAUAUCUGUUUUAAUGGCACAGACAUUUCAAGGUAACUCUAUCUCCCCUUUGAGUGCUUCGGUUUAUUACCACCACAGUAACGCGAGAAUGCUUGUUAAAUUCGCGUCCAUGUUUGUGUAUUUGAGUAGGUUUGUUUCAGGCCCAAAAGAUGUUUUAACCAGUUUUUAGUAGAUGUAUGUUAUCAACAUGACAUUAAUAUUGUUAUUAUUAUUUUAAAUGUUAGUAAUGAAAUUGCAGCAAAAAGUCUUGUUUUGGGCCAAGUUCCAUAUCAUUCUCUUUUAGUUGUGCCUUGAUGCACUUUCGCAUUGGACAGCAUUGAUCAUAGAGCACGAUAAUUAUAGAGUCAAUUCAAUGUUCUAUAUAAGGUUAUAUUAAGAGCCAUUUCAUGGGCCUUAUAACUCUAAUAACAUGGGCUAUGUUUGGAAUAAAAUACUAGCCUACUGCAUACUGCGCAGUAAACUAUUUUUAAAAAUAGUAUGUGAAACAGUAUGCAUUAUUCAACGAUAAACAUUUGAAACAGUAUGUUACAUUGAUGUCACGUAACCUCAUUAUGUUGCAUAUCUAAUGCAGGAAGUGGCGUCCAGUUAUCAUCUUGGACAUUCAAAAAAAAUGGACAUCAAUUUGCACAUUUAAUCCAAUUUUGUGCAAAAUAUCUUAAUUUUUUGGCUGUCCAAUAAAAUAAUUAAUCAAAAGGGAGAUAAAAUAAUAGUUCAUAUUAGUUCUGGUUCAUUCAUCACACUGGAAAUGGAAGAUCAAGUCGAGCUUUGACAAAUGUAAUGGGUCAUUUGGGUAUUCCAUUUAUGCACACAAUAUAGAUAUGGCAGAAAUACUAUGAGUAGUAUGUUUGUAAGCUAUUCUGAACACAGACAGUGCCUCCAAUCUGGCUGUAGGGCUACAACGUCUUUUUUGGGGCCUUUUGACUGACAUUUGAAUUAGCUUGUGCAUUGUAGUUUGACUGACAUGAGGGAUUGUGUUUUAUUUAUUUAUUUUACUUUGAGUGUUGUAAGAAGCCUCUUAGAGGACAGGGAGGGAAUUUAUUUUCUGAAAUAGUUUUGUGUUCUCUCACAGAAGUUUUUGCAUUAACUUUACCCAUACAUUACAAAAAUGUACCAUGUUUUUACCACAGUAACCAUAUUUUAUUCAUGAUAUUAUUAGAACAUUUAAACUAUGGUAAUAUAAUCAUUCUGCCAAAAAACAUGGUUACUACAGUUUUACUAUAGUAACACCAUGGUUAAUUUGCAGUAACCAUGUUUUUUUGGUCGGGACCAUGGUUUUAAAAAUCAUUGUACAUGUACCACAAUUAAACCAUGGUGUUACUAUAGUAAAACUGUAGUAACCUUUUUUUUUUUUUGGUUGAAUUAUUAUAUUACCAUAGUUUUGGUUUUCCUGUUUUAUUACUAUGGUUUCACUACAAAUAUCAUGGGUAAAAUAUGGUUACUCUAGUAAAAUGCUGGUGAAUUUUCAUAAGGGAUGGAUAAAGCUAUUGCGAGGGAAUUUCAAAACUUAUUCUGAGGGAAUACAAAACUAUUUCAGAAACAAAUUCCCUCCCUGUCCUCUAAGGGGCUCUGUAUUAUUGAGCCACAGUGUUUGCCAUAUCCUUCAGAUCAGAUUUUCUGGAAUUUAUCCCUGUGAUUUUGUUCAAUCCAAAUGGAUACAAACCCUGAUUAACUCUUUAGAAGCACCUUGUACAUUUACUUGCAUUUACAUGCGCUCUGAAACUUAUUUACUGAUCCUCAGUUGCACGACAAACUGUUGCCUGGUUUUAUUUUCGCCCAUCUCAAUGGCCAUCACCUUCAACAUAAAGGCAGGACAUGUGCCAACAAAGACCCAUCAUAUAUUGUGGAGCCGUCUUUAGCAUUGUCUUGGAAAGACCUGUACAUUUGGAGGAUCUUGUCACUUACACUCUACAAACAUAAAGGUUCCUCAAUGGUUCUUUGUAGCACUUUGUGUUCAGCAAAAAACCUCCUUCUCAUCAAGAACAAUUUUCGCCUUAGGAUGUUUGACGUGAAUGAAAAUUAAUGUGUCAGUAUAGGAUCUUCAGAUCAGUGUAUUUUGUAUUCUGGGUAGUUUGAAGCACUAGAAAAUAGCAAGUUAUUUGUGGAGUCUACAGAGUUUCUCCUAUAAAACCAUCUUCUCUCAUGGAAGAGUCUCAUGGAAUCACAUUACUAUAACUACAUUUUUGCUAAAUUAGUUUUACGUGUCUCAUUCUACAUAUUAGUUUUCUGGUGAACUAAACACUAGAGGUGCAACAACGAGCUUUAUUCACUUUCACUGAAAUCACAAGUGUUAUGCUUCAUUAACACUUCAUAAACACGUAUUUUUCGUUUCAUUCCCCACACAAUACUCUCUUAUGACUUUGGAACACUUUUACUAUAACGCAUGAUUUCAAAGACGACACAUUUUAAAGCCUGCAUUGCAUAACCAAGUACGUUAACAAGCUUAUUCAAGUGUGACUAAGUCACACAGUGGCGCAAUUGAUAGAGUGUUGGACUUUGAAUGCAGAAGACUCAGGUUCAAAACCAGCAAAGACAGUAUGUGAGCUGAAAGUGUCAUAGAAGUGCCACAAAAUGGCAUGGUUGCGUUAACUAUUGCGUUUUGUUGUAUUUCACACUUAGAGACAUUAGUCUAGAGACAUUGGUUUUGUUUAUUUAAAACUAGAAAAUAAGAACCUUUGACUUGCUUAUAGCACCCCUCAGUGGAUAUUUCAUCUUGAAACUGCUGCGAUACGAGUAAUGAACAACGUAUUUUGCAAAAAUGUUGCCUGUCAUGUAAUUUUCAUUAGGCUGCCUCUCUAAUUGGGACCCUUCUUUUAAAGAGUGUGCUUUUGUGGGUGAAAUUCUUGCGAUCGUACUACUAAAUGGUGACUGAGUAAGGGUAAACUAGGUGUUAGAGUUGCAAAACUGACCGCUCUACAUCACCUCGAUCCAUUUUAAGCAUCAUAAUGAGGUGCUCUGGUUAUAGAGUUCCUUAACCUGUUGUAGAUGUGUUUUGUCUGGUUUGUUUGGGGGAGUGUGUAUAUGUGUGUUUGUAGGUUUGCUAAUGGUUGAGGAAAUGAAUUAGUGUUUGCUGUUAUGAAGUACGUGAAAUAACUGUGAAAAAUAGAAAAUUUUAUGCUAAGUACUUUUGAGAGUAUUGUCACUGUUGAUGUUGCAGGAAUGUUACGUGUGGUUUUCACAGAAGUGUCAAACGAAUGUUUCAUGUCUGUCUGUCUCAAUGCAAUCCCUGCUAAAACACUGCAUUUAAUUUUCUGAACACUCCCUCUGUCUCUGUUUUUAAAGGGAUAGUUCACCCAAAAUGAAAAUGUUGUCAUCCUUUACUCACCUUCAUUCUGUUUCAAACCUAUAUGAUCUUACAUAGAACACAAAAUUAGAUGUCUUACAAAAUUUUCGAGCUGCUUUUUUCCUUUGAAUGAUCAAAUAUAGUGACCUGAGUCUGUCAAGCUUCGCAAAACCAUCGUAAAAGGCUUUGAAAUAACAUGAGGGCGAGUAAAUGAUGACAGAAUUUUAACGUUCUUAUUUUCUCACAAACAGAUAUCAAGAUGUAUCAUGUAUUUUUCUUAUUUGAGAGGUGAAUGUUGCAUGUUUGACACCGAUGCUAGUGGACACGUUUCUAUCACUGUUUCCUUUCUGCAUUUUGUUUAUCACCUUUGUACCACCAUCAGAACUAAUUGAUUUUAGAGAAAAUUAUGCUAAUUGUCAGGUUGAAAGUUGAGCCUAAAGUUGUACAUAUCACUAAUAUAUGAACUUGAAUGCAAUUCUUAUCCUCACAAUAUCAAAUAUGACUCCUAUUUAUAACGUUCUAAUGCCGUAACGCACAUCCUGAAGAAUACCUGAAUCCCUCUACAAUAUAAAACUCUUUCCUGAAUUUACAUUGGACAAAAUAAAUGACAAAACUCCCAUAAAAAAUAUAAGUGUACGGUCAUGUACACCAAAAACAAUUUUUUUUUGAAAACUGAAGACUGUUUUUAGUGUUCGCCCCUAAGCUUAAUGGCAACAAAACAGAGAUUUGUAUGAUGUGAGAAGCUGAAGGGAUGAUUCACCUCAAAAAGGAAAAUUAUGUCAUACUUUUCUUCCCUCUAAUGUCAUUGCAAACCUGAAAGACUGUCUUUCUUAAGUGGAACACCAUAUAUAUUGUAUUCCAUACAAUAAAAGUGAAUGAGUAAUAGGGCUGUCAAUCAGCAAAAUUGUGAAAGGCUAUAGUCCAAGCCACAAACCUCAUUUGUGUUCACAUGCAUUCAAACAGGUUGGACAUCAAUGAUGCCAAAUGCCAUUGGUUCUUGCGUGCCUCACAACCAAUCACGAUUCAGCAAGUUUAAAUAUAUAAAAGCAUGAAAGAAAUUUGAAAGCUCUGGUAUCGGCGAAAUUUUCAGUGAAAAACUACUUAAAUUGCGGUCUGUUUCUCACAUAAAGUUCUCAUAUCACUUUGUAAUGACGUGAGGGUGAGUAACUGAUAACAGAAUUGUCAUUUUUGCGUGAAUUAUUCCUUCAUUGGCGAAACUUGUUAAACUUGUACCUUUUUCUUUGCUUGACUAUGAAAACAAUCUGCAAUUUUACGAAAGAAGGAAAUAUGCCUUGUCAUUAUUUUUGGUGAGUUGCUACUUUUUAUUUGAUUAUUUCGUUGUCUUUAUUUUAUUUCAGUUUGUUUUUUGAGGAAAGUAUGUCAUUGUCUUAAUACUGGAACACUUUCGAUGUACAGGGGCACAGAACUGCCCACAUUAGGGAAACACAUUUUGGCAAGACACCGCGGUUAAAUGAUCAUGAAUGUGCUUGUCUUGUGUCACAAUUCCAAGUACACUGUGGAACAAAAGUCCUUGUUUUUAAGUGGUCCGAAAUAUUUGCUUUUGCCAAAUAAAAAAAGAGAAAAAAUAGUAUUCAUAAAGAAAAGCUAAAAAGAGGAAGCAGCUUGCACAAGGGGAGGGGCCUGUUCCAUACCCCACCUAAUGGGAGGAGUCCUUAUUUUAGACCCUCCUCUGGCCCCUCCCACUCCAAAGCAACAUCCUUGUAGGUGCGUUUCCAUCAGCGAGACGUGUAUGUGAUUACGUAGUCUUUAGUCUGGUGCUCCGUGACAAAUGUGUACAAAAAAUAUAUAUAUCAUAAAAAAAAUAAAAAAAAGGAGAAACUGAAUUUAACACGAGUGAGGUUUAACAAUGUAUUAACGAUUAAAAAAUAGAAUCACAGUACUGCUGAUAAUACUCAUGAGUGGAGGUCUGAUAUUAUGGUGAGCGUAUUUUUAUUUCAUUUGUUUAAUGGAUCGUGUGUCGGGGGCUCAGUGCCUCGUGUCUGGGUCCACGUUGCUCCAUUUUUUUGUACAGACAACAAAAAAAGACAAAGGGAAAAUUUGUAAAAUAUUGUGUCUGUGACUCCUUGUAAAAUAUUUUCAAAUUGUUUAUUACAGAGAAUCAGUUAUUAAAUAAUGUUCAUAUUUUUA